CAAAAAUGCCUCCCGUGGCCUCCUGGGAUUAGAAGGAAGAUGAACCACAUCUGAGAAUGACUCAUUAAUCAUCCAGGUGACCCACUGAUGAGGAGAAAAAGUUACUAAUAAAAAGGUUCUGCCCAGGGGUAGGGGGAAUGGAGUUGGUUGGCUUGUUUGUCUUUGAGUACAGGCUGUAGCAAAGCCCAGACCAGGCCAAACUAGGAGUUUUUAAAGUCAGCUGUAGCCCAAGCACCUGGGGAAUCUGAAGAUCUCCAACGUGCGUUGUCUCCUCACCCAUCAGUAUGUCUGGACGUGGAAAGAAACCUGCAUUGACUGGCAAAUAUGGAGCUGUACAGAAGAAAAACAAAUCACACAAGGCUGGCCUGCAGUUCCCUGUAGGUCGUAUCUACAGGCUCCUUAGAAAUGGGAACUACACUAACAGAGUCAGUCCUGGUGCUGCCAUCUACCUGGCUGCAGUGCUGGAGUACCUGAGUGCAGAGAUAAUGGAGCUGGCAGGGAAUGCUGCACGGGAAAACAAGAAAGCCAGGAUCACACCCAGGCACAUCCAGCUGGCCGUGAGAAAUGAUGAUGAGCUCAACAAGCUCUUCUCCUCUGUGACCAUCGCUCAAGGAGGGGUCAUGCCGAAUAUCCAUUCCCAGCUCCUUCCCAAGAGAACUGGCAGCGAUGCUGCCUCUUCUGAGCACUAAGGUGGUAGCCAAACUUGCAUUUUUCUGGUCUGAUCUGUGCACG